CCGAGAAUGGCUACCUCGCUUCCCUCGCAAGUCCCGACCGAGCACUUUCUUUCUUUUCCAUCCUUCUCCGCUUCUCCCUCCCGUCCCCGAUCGAUCCCAAAAGGCAAAACCCCUACCCACUGAUUCCAAACCCACCGAGCGGCGAGAGAAAGAAUCUCCAGAGAGCGAUGCACGCGCCGGCGAGGAAGGCCGCGGGCGGAGGGGGCCGCGGCCCGGUUGCGUCGGCGCUGCUGCUGCUGGCGGUCGGGGUGUUCGCCUUCCUGAUCUCGUACAGCGUGCUCGCCAUGGUGCUCCGAGGCGGCGGCAACGGAGGAGGAGGAACUACGGGGGUCGGGACGGGAGCGAGGGACCCGGUGGUGCGGAUGCCAGAGUGGAUGCGGGCGGCGGGCGGCGCGAGGGGCCAGAGGCGGCCGUUCCACGUGGCGCUCACGGCCACGGACGCCCCGUACAGCAGGUGGCAGUGCCGGGUGAUGUACUUCUGGUACAAGCGGAUGCAGGCGCGGCCGGAGGGCGCCGACAUGGGCGGCUUCACCCGCGUGCUGCACUCGGGGAAGCCCGACGGCCUCAUGGACGAGAUCCCCACAUUCGUCGUCAGCCCCCUCCCCGCCGGCAAGGACCGUGGCUAUAUCGUCCUAAACAGGCCAUGGGCAUUUGUACAAUGGCUGCAGCAGGCAAAGAUUGAAGAAGAGUACAUACUGAUGGCAGAACCAGAUCAUAUAUUUGUGAAACCUUUACCAAAUUUAGCUUUUGACAAUGAUCCAGCAGCAUUCCCCUUCUUUUACAUCACACCAUCCGAACAUGAAAAAAUUAUCAGGAAAUACUAUCCUGAAGAAAGGGGUCCAAUCACAAAUGUUGACCCUAUCGGGAAUUCCCCUGUAAUAAUUAAGAAGACACUGCUUGAGAAGAUUGCUCCCACAUGGAUGAAUGUAUCACUACAAAUGAAAGAGGAUCAAGAGACUGAUAAGGCUUUUGGAUGGGUUUUGGAAAUGUCAGAAUUAUCUUUUGUUGUGUGUGAUUUGAUAAAUGCAUUUUCUCAUUGUUACGUUGUUAUUAAUCCAGUUUUUUGUUAUUUUUCUUUGGCUUCUAGGUAUGCAUAUGCUGUUGCCAGUGCAUUGCAUGGGGUUCAACAUAUCCUUCGUAAAGAUUUCAUGAUCCAGCCACCAUUUGAUAAGAAGCUCGACAAUACAUUUAUUAUCCACUUCACCUAUGGAUGUGACUAUACACUCAAGGGCGUACUGACAUAUGGAAAAAUUGGUGAGUGGAGAUUUGACAAGAGAUCAUACCAAGAUAGGCCACCACCAAGAAAUCUUACAUUGCCCCCUCCAGGAGUGCCAGAAAGCGUGGUUACACUGGUAAAAAGGGUCAAUGAAGCUACCGCAAACCUUCCUAGGUGGGAUGAUGGAUUAUAAUCUAUGUGGACGUCAAAUAUCCGGGCCCCUUAGGGGUAUACAUCAGAAAUACAGAAGUAGAUAAUUUUUCUUUCAUACUUAGGGCCCUGCUAGGAACACGGGAAUUUCCUGAUUCCUGCAGGAACUAACUCUUUCCAGUGAAUUAUCUGAGAUCCAAACAGAACCUUUACAGAAAAAAAGAACAUAGCAGCCCAGUUUGUUUUCCAUUUACGGUUAUCUUGUAAAUUUUUCUGACUGGUAAGAUUGAAAUAGUCAUAUGCGAGCACAGUUGUGCUUGCACCCCUUUGGCAA